GCCUUAUUUUUGUGCACACCCAAUAAUAACCCCAAUUGAUGAAUAAAUACUCCUAGGAUGCAUAACUGAGCAUAAGGAAAAGUUAGAGAUUGGACAAGUUUUGGUGAAGGAUAACGUCAAGGCGUUGUGCUUAGCAGUCGGAGGCCACAUAUUUUAUAAAGAGGCGACUUGCUCAGUUCCGGGUUCACCAGAUUGCAAUGAUGUAGGCCCUCCAAAGGAAUACGAAGAUGCUUGCAAAUCAGCGUUGGGUGCCGCGCAGCACCAGCUCAAAAAAGUCUCCGUGCCCGGACUACCACCAGGUUGGAAGAUUAUUGACGAAGCACAGCAGGAAAUUCCUGGAAUGGAAAACCGCGUACUUUCUCGAACAAUCAUGUUCAUUCCACUUCCAACAAAAUCGAGGUAG